GGGACAAAUUGGGCAAAAAGUGUCGACUCUGGACUCUGGAUCAUUAAAAGGACGUUGGUUUUCAUCAGGAGAAGAAGAGCAGAGCCAGAACCUCGACAACAUGACCUCCGCCUGGCUCCUCCCCCUCGUCUUCUGUUCCCUCCUCCCGGCGUGUUUUUCUUGCCCCGCCCUCUGCCGCUGCUUCUCCCGCCGCGCGGAGGUGGUCUGCGACUCCGCCCCCUUCGCCUCCUUCCCGUCGGACUCCCUCCCGCGCAACACCUCCAUCCUCACCGUCCAGUUCACCAACGUCUCCGCCGUCGCCGAGUCCCACCUCCGCCGCGUCCCGAACCUCCGGGAGCUCCACCUCUUCAGCAACCGAAUCCGAAACCUGAGCCCGCACCUUCUCCGAGGACUCCCCAAACUCCGAACCCUGGACCUCACCGACAACAAACUCGCCAUCUUACCCGCCGACGUCUUCAGCCACGCUCCUCUGGAAACCCUGGUCCUGAAGAACAACCAGAUCGAAACCGUCGGCGAGGACUGGUUGUCGGAAAACGGCGCGUUGACGUGGCUGGAUUUAUCCGGGAACCGUUUGGCGAAAAUCCCGGCGAGCUUGUUUCGCAAACUCCCCAACCUGGACAAUCUCGAUCUCCCGAACAACCGCUUGGAGAAGAUCGGAAACUCCCUGGACGCGCUCGCCAAGUUGGAACGUCUGAACUUGGACAACAACAAGAUUGACGCUCUGGAUGAAACGGUUUUCCAGAAUAAUCUAAACUUGACGCAUCUCUUUUUAUCUCGGAAUAGGCUUCAGAAACUUCCGCAGGGUUUGUUCAUGAACUUGACGCGUCUCCGGCAUUUGAACCUGGAGGAGAACCAGCUGCAGACGGUGGCGCCGGGCUCGUUGGACGGGCUGGUGUCGCUGGACGAGGAGGGGCUCGACCUGGCGGGAAAUCCGUGGUCCUGCGACGGGAAGAUCCGGUAUCUGUGGGGGUGGAUGAACAAACACAAGAGCCGGGUUUUCCUUCCUGAGACGGUCACGUGCGCCGCUCCGCCGGCUCUGGUCGGACGGGCCGUCGUGUCCCUGACGCAGAGUGAAAUCGAAAAAGCGGGUAAUGUUCGGUGUAGUUUUGUGAUGAACCUGCACGGCAAAUUUCUCAGAUCUGGUCAAGAUUUAAAAACUUAUAUCAGGUUAUUCUUGUUUUCAGGUUUAUUAUCGACAGAGACGGAGGUUUAUUUGAAGAGAACUUGUCAAGUAAAAUGAUCUUGCUGCAUGGACAAUUUCACUACUUUUAGUCAUUUUCUGAUUCUUUAAUUUGAAAUAAAUAAACAAUGCACAUUAUAUUUGUUUUGUGUUCAAUAAAGUUUGAAACAGUCCACACAUAAUCCAAUAACUGUGUGUAGGAUGAACUG